AUGGCAUGCACCCAAGAUGAAGACCAGGCGGCAACGAAGCGGCCAGAUGGAUCCCAGGAGAUAUUGGUCAUACCGGAGAACUUUUCGGUCUUCAACAACUUAACCUCGGUCUUCUUAGGGUUCUUUUCAUUCUCGUACUCAGUGUCAAAGAAUUCCAAUUCACCACUCGAUUUGCCAAUGGUGGCAACAACAAUGUAUCUACCCUUAGGAGACCAGAAAAGAGUGUUCGAGAAUUUCUUCUCAAUGCUGCUGAUCUUCUUGAACUUGACAGCCUUGUCCUUGGAGCCACGCUCAGAGGAAAAGAAGGAAACGGUAGUUUUUAGCAAUGGCUGGGUUAUUGUUGCCAUCAUCCAAUCUACUGAUGGUAACGAAGCGGUCCGAUUUGGGUUCCCAGGCAAAGUUAAUGCACACAUCUUUCAUUUCCAACUUCUCCACAGGAAUAUCCCUCUCAGUAGUUCUGAAAAACUCCCAAGUUCGAGAAAAUUGUCUUUCCAGACUAGGUGUGACGGUCAACCUUCACACAUAAUAAUUUACCUUCGUCUUGCCCAGUGCAUCUUACAGUCGCUGACCUGGAACAAGUUGAUGGUUCUGAGAACUUUUCUUGUUGGAAAUUUGCAUCAAAGCAACUCUGGCGGUUUAGUUAGGAGUCUCUGGAGUCCAGUAAGACAAGAUGUGUUCACCUUCUUCAUCUCUCGAGCCCGAAAGCUUAACACCAGCAGGAGCCCAUUCGAAGUCAACAAUACCAUCAACCUUGACCAAUUUCUUGUCCAACAAUUGAAAGCUUGGAGUUUCGUACACAGCUAA